AUGGCAGUCAGCACUUUGAACAUGGCACCUUAUUUCACUGGAUACCCUUUUCAAGGACAAGGUCGUGUGAAUCAACUUGGAGGGGUUUUCAUCAAUGGGCGUCCAUUGCCAAAUCACAUUCGUUUAAAAAUCGUAGAAAUGGCGGCAGCCGGGGUUAGACCGUGCGUGAUCUCUAGACAAUUGAGAGUCUCGCAUGGGUGUGUGUCGAAGAUCUUGAAUCGUUAUCAAGAGACAGGAUCGAUAAGGCCCGGUGUGAUAGGUGGUAGCAAACCACGGGUCGCCACGCCGGAAGUCGAGGCGAGAAUCGAGGAUAUGAAGAGACAAAAUCCUGGGAUAUUCAGCUGGGAGAUUCGUGAGAAAUUGAUAAAGCAGGAUGGUAUCUGUGACAAAGCGUCAGCACCGUCAGUUUCCAGUAUCUCGAGGCUUCUUCGUGGCCCCACGAAUCAGACACGCCCCGGGGAUGAUCCUCGACGAAAUCAUUCCAUCGACGGGAUACUCGGUGGAAGUAGCGGUGACGAUUCGGAUACAGAGAGUGAACCGGGGAUAGCUUUGAAGAGGAAGCAACGUAGAAGCAGGACUACGUUCACCGGUGAACAAUUGGAGCAACUCGAAGCAGCUUUUCAUCGAACGCAGUAUCCCGAUGUGUACACCAGGGAAGAAUUGGCGCAAAAAACAAAUUUGACCGAAGCACGUGUUCAAGUGUGGUUCAGCAACAGGCGAGCCAGGCUUCGCAAACAAUUGAACAGUCAACAAUUAAACGCUUUCAACACAAUGAGCUUGCAAUCCUUUCAAACACAGCACUACGGUAGCAGUGCUGAAAGUUAUCAGAGCUAUGGGCAAGCAUCGGUGGCUGCGGCCGCAGCAACCACGGCUGGCUAUCCUCAGCAUUACAACUAUAGCGAGAAUUACUACGCUGCUCAGCAACAGUGGCCAAGACCGACUGCCGAGAAUUAUGGAUUGUUCAACGCGUCUCACUACGGUAGCAGCAAUCUGGCUUCCAAUUUAACUUCCAGCAACUUGAAUUUGGGCAGCCUGAGCGGCAGCGUCAGCCCCACGGCGUCGAAUAUGAGCGCGUGUAUGGUUCAGGGCGCGUCCUCGGGGGUGCCUACCCCUGCAGCGAUAAACCAUCACGUGACGCCUCACAGUCCCAGCGAGGCGAAGAGUGGUUAUCCCUAUUUGGGUGGUAUAGAGUCCCAAGUCUGUGGCAGAGUUCACUGA